CUUAUGUAGGUAAAUAUGUAAUCACAUUUAGCGUCAGCCUAGACACAGCCACAUAAUUCAGCUGGAGGUCAACAGGGACAAGCGGAGGAAGCCGAAGGUGGCUAGUAGUACUACGCUCGAGUGUGGAUAAGGAGUUCCAAAAUUUUGUUGCAUUAUUUAUGAAUUUAAUAAAGAUGUUCUUUGAUUAAUCGGAUUAAUCCAGUAAUCACAACAAAAUUGGCGACGAGGAACGAGGAUGAGCACGAUGCAGCCACGCAAUGAGUAAGCACGUUUCCACAUAUCACAAGUUCAAGAUCCAUCCAAUGAAACUAUUUUACCUGAUUGCUAUUGCUCAUCGAAUAUAAAUAAUCAGCAUGACGGAAUUAACCCAAUUUAUCGCUACUUUGCAACAACUACUGGAAAAAGUUAGUAACCCGACCCCGCACCCAGAGACGCCACGUCAGGAAGAUAAAGAGGAUGCUUCAAAGAUACACUUCGACAACUUCAACGGAAAAAUAGAGUCAUUUACGACGUAUAUUCAACGACUCGAAAACUUGUUUGACCUCCAUCGAAUUCAAGCCACUCCUGACGGAAACGCACUGCGAGCCAAGGUACUUCUAAACUGCAUUGGCACCCAAUAUUAUCAACUUCUCUGUUCACUAUGUUCACCAGAUUUGCCUACUUCAAAAACGUAUAUCGAAAUUGUAGAUGUUUUAACGAAACAUCUAUGUCCAAGGCAAAACAUAGACGUAGCUCAAUUCAAUUUUAUGAAGAGAUCUCAAACAGCAAGCGAAACCAUUAAUUCCGAACUAAUCACGGCUUCAACAGUAGCGAAAGAGACCGCCCAAGAUGAAGAGUUAUCUGCGUUACUACACUCGAUAUCAACGUCUCUCGAAUACGCUCCGGAAUACUCGACACAUAAAGGAGUAGUAUUACGAGGGAAUCGAGUCGUAAUACCUACGAGCUUACGCCCUCAAAUUUUACAACAACUGCAUUCCGUGCAUAGCGGGAUCACGAAAAUGAAAAUGAUCGCCCGUAACUACGUCUAUUGGCAUGGAAUAGAUCGUGACAUUGAAAAUAUCGCCAAAUCCUGCGCCGUCUGUGCAAAAAUGCAAUCAGAUCCGGUGAAGGUUCCAAUCCAUUCGUGGGAAAAGCCUGACGCUCCAUGGCAACGCCUUCACAUAGAUUAUGCGGGACCCAAGGAUGGUAAAUUUUAUUUUGUAAUCAUCGAUAGCCACUCAAAUUGGCCAGAAGUAUUUGCAUCGAAUAGUGCUCCUAAUACAGAAUUGACAAUCGAAUAUCUACGAGAAGUGUUUUCGCGGUUUGGCAUACCCAGGAUUAUUGUUUCAGAUAACGCCACUAUUUUCACUAGCGAUCGCUUCACAUCUUUCUGCUCGAAUAAUGGAAUCAAACAGUGCUUUUCAGCUCCAGGCCAUCCGGCAACGAACGGCACUGCUGAACGAGCAGUACGGACACUGAAGCAAAGGUUAGCUGCAUUGGCCGAUUCACCGAUUCCGCAUCACAUUAAGCUACACGAAAUUUUAUUUACGUGGAGGAGCACACCCUUGAAUUCAGGAUCGACACCAGCGGAACUCAUGUUAGGACGACCUAUGCGCACCAAAUUUGACAUUCUACGCCCGGCUCAAGAGAAGACACCAUCUGGGAAUUUACUGCCAGUAACACGAAAAUUUAAAGGUGGGAGAAAGGGUAUGUGCACGAAAUUACGUAGGAUCGGAAAAAUGGAAGUUUGGCACCAUUUUAGCAGUAUAUGGUAGCCGACAUUAUUUAAUACACCUUGACAAUGGUCAUGUGUUAAAACGUCACAUUAACCAACUUCGAUCGACACAAGUGGAAAAGCCAGAACCGCCAAUGCCAACGCCCAAUCGCAGAAAAGUAUCGUUCGCACCCAACUUGCCCAUCGUACACAUUUAUAACGGGAACCAAAGUGAUCCAUCAAAUAACUUAGUGCCUACACAGCAGGAACGAGAAGUUGGGGAACAACCCGAAGCAGCUACACAGCCCGAACCAGCUGCACAGCCCGAGCCGCAGCUAAUACUCCGACGAUCAAACAGAAUCCGAAACCAACCAGUGUGGAUCCAGGAGUAUGUCACCAAAUAAGACAUUUAUUUAAUUAUUUGUUUUUGCUUUUUGUAAUUCUUAAUUCAAAUUGUUUCGACUUCUGCCACUCUAUUUAAAGGUGGGAGAAUUGUUGUAACCUUAUGUAGGUAAAUAUGUAAUCACAUUUAGCGUCAGCCUAGACACAGCCACAUAAUUCAGCUGGAGGUCAACAGGGACAAGCGGAGGAAGCCGAAGGUGGCUAGUAGUACUACGCUCGAGUGUGGAUAAGGAGUUCCAAAAUUUUGUUGCAUUAUUUAUGAAUUUAAUAAAGAUGUUCUUUGAUUAAUCGGAUUAAUCCAGUAAUCACAACAAGUAACGUCAAAAACCAAUCUAUGUUUUGGAAAACUUUAAAAUCUUUUAACCAAAGUACUACAAGCAACCCGAUAACUAUUGAGCAGUGGGAAAAUUUCUUCGCUUCCCAUUACCCAUCUAGGGUUUUAGACAACAAUACAUAUCUGGACGCCUGCCAUCCUCUACUGGAUGAAGACAUCACUAUGGAAGAAGUUAACGUGGCUUUAAAUUCAACCAAACGCAAUAAAUCACCUGGAAGUGACAAACUUACAUACGAGUUUAUCAAGAACCUUCCGAUAAAUUGGAAAUUGUUUUUAGGCUGCCUUUUUAACAAAAUAUUUGCAUCAGGAGCAAUUCCGUCUCAAUGGUGCACCUCACUAUUCUGUAUGCACCAUAAAAGGGGACCCAAAGCUGACCCCAAUAAUUAUCGUGCAAUAGCACUAACAAACUGUUGUUCAAAAAUUUUUACUCAAAUUUUACUGAAUAGACUCAAUAGUUGGUGUGAAGAGUUUAGCAUUCUUCCUGAAUGUCAAUCUGGUUUUCGUAAAAACAGAGGAUGUACUGAUAAUAUCUUCACCCUCUCAUCUGUAAUUUACUUUCAUCUACGCUUGUCUAAAAG